GUGGACUUGUUGUGAACACUGACAUCUUUUUAAUCUUACAUUUGCUUCCAUUUCAGUUUUAACAUCUUAUCUUCACUGGAACUCUUUAAAAACUUCUUUUUUUUUUCUUUUCUUGGCUCCUACCUGCCCCUUACUGGAUUCACAGCUGCCCCGCGCCUGAAUCAUUUCCCCGGUACCGCUCUGGGGGAGUUUAUUGCCGUAUUCACCCUUGGUUAACACUUGGAGGGCAAAGUUUGUGUCCGCAGGUAAGAGGAAGAACUCCGCUCCUUAUUUAGGAAACGCGUCCGGCGCGUCACCGCUGACUCGCGCUGCGCAGCAACAACUUUGACAAGUGCGGUGGCUUCAUUUAAUCACUGACACAAAUGGAAUAAAGACGAGGAUGGAUUACCACUGGGGGAUCAUCUUCUUUGCUGUCAUACUCAUAACUGACAGAAUCUGGCAGGCCCACUCCUUCAACGUUGGCACUGCAGGUGCCAAGAUUUUCAGCGGCCCAGCAGCAGAAGAGUUUGGAUACACAGUCCAGCAGACGACAAACCAUGAAGGCAAAUGGCUGCUGGUUGGCGCUCCGUGGAGUGGCUUCAGUCAAAACAGGAAAGGAGAUAUUUACAAGUGUCCAGUCUCAGGAUCCAAGAACAGCUGUGAUAAGCUCAAUCUUCAAGACUCUCUCAGUAUUCCAAAUGUUAGAAACGUCAACACCAACAUGUCCCUGGGUCUGACGCUCACCCGGCUGCCUGCACCCAGCGGCUCGAUGAUGUGUGGCCCUCUUUGGGGACAGCAGUGCGGCACUCAAGACUUCUACCCGGGAAUAUGUGCAAAGCUAAACCCCCUCUUUCAACCUCAGCCGGCCUUCUCUCCUGCCGUCCAGACAUGUGGAGGGCCGAUGGACAUCGUGAUUGUCUUGGACGGCUCCAACAGCAUUUAUCCCUGGGAGCCGAUGACAGACUUCCUACGGAAACUAAUACCCUCGCUGGACAUCGGGCCUCAAAACACACAGGUCAGCGUCAUUCAGUACGCUGUCGAUCCCAAGUUUGAAUUCAAACUGAAUCAGUAUCAAAACAAAGACGAGAUUGUCGCUGCGACGUCCAGAAUCACACAGAUGUACGGUCAGUCCACCAACACCUUCCACGCCAUCCAGUACGCCAGUCAGUGGGGUUUUAAUCCAAGCCACGGCGGCCGACCGGACGCUGCCAAGGUGCUCGUGGUCGUCACUGAUGGCGAAUCUCACGACGAGUCGUUCAGAGACACGGUCAUCGCCGAAUGUGAGAAACAAGGCAUCACGCGCUUCGGUAUCGCUGUCUUGGGUUAUUACAUCAGAAACAACAUCGACACAGAAAACCUAAUAAAGGAAAUCAAAUCCAUCGCCAGUUUACCGACAGAGAAGUAUUUCUUCAACGUGUCCGAAGAGGCGGCCCUCUCCACCAUCGCUGGAACUCUGGGGAACCGCAUCUUUAACAUCGAGGGCACCGGUAAAGGAGGCGACAACUUCAAGAUGGAGAUGUCCCAGGUCGGCUUCAGCGCUCAUUACUCCAGCCAGCAGGACGUGAUGAUGCUCGGAGCGGUGGGAGCUUACGCUUGGAGCGGCACCGUCGUCCAUCAGACCGGGUCGAAGGUGGACGUUCUGCCCUUCUCAGCGUUUGAGGGAACGCUGCAGGACAGAAACCACAGCUCAUUGCUAGGUUACUCCGUCACCACACUGAGCGACGGGUUGAAGGAAUACUUUGUGGCCGGCGCUCCUCGCUCCAACCACUCCGGGCAGGUUAUCGUCUACACCGUCAAUGCUCAGAAGCAGUCCGCCAUCAUCGAUUCGGAAAGAGGGAAACAGAUUGGAUCGUACUUUGGAAGCGUCCUGUGCCCGCUGGAUGUGGACCGAGACGGAGCGACGGACCUCCUGCUGGUUGGUGCUCCCAUGUACAUGAGCGAGCUGAAGAAAGAAGAAGGCAGAGUCUAUGUCUUCUCUGUCACCAAGGGGAUAUUGAACGAGCAGGGAUUCCUCAACGGUCCGCCUUCCACUGAGAAUGCACGUUUUGGGAUGGCCAUCUCCGCCGUUCCCGACCUGGACCUGGACGGUUACAACGACAUUGUAGUCGGAGCGCCGCUGGAGGACAAAGGAAAAGGUGUCAUCUACAUCUACAACGGAGACAAGAAGACACUGAACAAGCAGUUCUCACAGAGAAUCCUUGGCUCCAAACUGGAUCCUCAGCUGCAGUAUUUUGGACGAUCUCUGGACACCUACAGAGAUCUGAAUGACGACACGCUGCCUGACGUCUCCAUCGGUGCUUACGGCAAAGUGGUGCAGCUCUGGUCCAGAGGUGUGGCGUCUGUCUCGGCUGCAGCUACUUUCAAGCCUGAUAAAAUCAACAUUUUCAACAAACCCUGUGACGUUAACGGACGCAAGCUUUCAUGUUUCGACACCAACCUCUGCUUCACUGCUGCGUUCAGGCCCAAGAAGCCCAUCGGACCCAUUGAUAUAUCGUACACUUUGACCCUGGACGCUGACUUGCAGGCUUCACGAGUGACAUCAAGAGGACUGUUUACGAAGAACAACGAACGCUUCCUCACAGAAAAGGCAAAAAUCUCAUCGACGCCCCUUUGUCAGAAGUACCAGGUUUAUGUUCAGGAGACGCCAGACUUUGUGAACUCUCUCAGCCUGAAAGUCGAGAUCGAGCAGGAGAACGCCGACGUGAACCCCGUCCUCGACAUAUUUUCUCCAAACGCCCUGGAAUUCUUUAUCCCCUUCACCAAAGACUGCGGCUCCGACGAUGUCUGUGUCAGCGAUCUGGUGCUGAGUGUGAAGACGAGCACAAAAUCAUCCAGCUCAGCUCCCAUCCUGGUCAGCGCCAAUAACAGAGAGCUGUCGUUUGAAGUCGCCGUGAAGAACAAAAAGGAGAACGCCUACAACACCCAGGUGCUGGUCACCUACUCCGGAAACCUCUACUACUCCUCCGUCUUUCCUCCCACAGAUGGAGUCAAAUGCACGUCAACACAAACAGAAACUGUCACCUGCCAGGUGGGAUAUCCAGCAUUAAAAAAAGACCAAGAAAUGAAGUUUCAGAUCAAUUUUGAAUACAGUCUGGAUCAGCUGCAGAACCAAGCUGUGGUGAAGUUUGAGGCCAAGAGUGAUGGAAAAGAGGAACGACCUGCAGACAACAAGGUGGACUUCUCCUUUCCUGUUCAGUACGACGCGGGGGUUGUUCUAUCCAGGCAGUCAAACAUCAACUUCUACGUGGCGGACGCCACCGUUCCCGUGGUGACGACGGUGAAAACUCUGGAUGACAUCGGCCCGGAGUUUAACUUCACAGUGAAGGUUUCUACCAGUAACUUCCCCGUCAGCCUCCUGUAUCUGACCGUCGCUCUGCCGAUGAGCACUAAAGGUGGAAACCCGCUGCUCUAUGUCACCAAAGUGGAGACGCAGGCCGGAGGCUCCGUCAGCUGUGACUCCAGCGGCCUGGUCGAUCCUCUGAAGAUCGGAGUGAAGAGCCACACGGCGUCCUUCACCGAGGAAAGCCUCCGAGGCAUCGAGAAACUGGACUGCAAGAGCGCAAAAUGCAAAUCCAUGAAAUGCAUCCUGAAGGACACGGAAGUUAAGAGCGACUACUUUGUGAAAGUGAAAACGAGGAUCUGGAGCGGCACGUUUAUUUCGGCCACCUAUCAGACCACGGAGCUGACCACCAGUCUGGAAGUGGAGACCUCCGACCCUGAGCUGCUCAUCAUCGGCCUCAAACAGCUGCCGGUGGUGUUGACAGUCAGCAAACCUGGAGAGAAAGGCGACGUCCCGGUGGGCGUGAUCGUCGGCAGCGUCAUAGCUGGUCUGCUGCUGCUGGCUCUGGCCGUCGGGCUGCUGUGGAAGUUUGGGUUCUUCAAAAGGAAGUACCAGCAGCUUCAGAAGGAGGCCGACGACGACGGCCAGAGUCACGCCAACGCCGACGGAGUUCUGUGAAGUGAAGAGAAAACCUGCAGCCUUCUGUGUCUCCUGGAUGCUUCCAGGGUGGAUGCCGGUUCUUCUCCGUGGUUCUUGUCGAGAGACUUCAGCUCAGUCACUGGAAAUUGGGCAUUUUAAUGAAACGGAUUCGGUCCAGCUGGUGGAUAACUGGGAUCCAAUCUUCUGUCCAGAGGAUUUUGUUUUUUGUCUUUUUGCUUUGUGGAUUGCUAUUUGCUAUCAUGCACUGACUUUUUUUUUUAAUUUUUGUGUUUUUUUCACAGAACCACAGCUUUAGAAAAGUUUUUUGAGGCCACAGAAUCAGCCUGGAUGCAAAGGCUGCCAUCCAGAGUUUUACACUGUAAAGGCAUCUAAUUUAUUUAGUUUAAUUCUCAACAAUGUGACUGGUCAUUUCAUUUAGAAAAUCUGACAACCACAAACAUAGCUAUUUGCUUUUACACCAACAUGCACACUAUAGGCGCUCUGUAGCAUUACCUGCCUUGAGAUCCUCGGUCCGGCACUCAGGGCUUUUUUUGCAUUAACACUAUUGAUAUCAGUAGCUUAUAUGCAAAAAGAGAAUCAAUACGUGUCCUGUAAAGGGUGAAAUGUGUAAUUAUUUGGUUUCACUGCAUUUGUACUGUACAUACUGUAAGUUAAAAUUGUGAUGUUUCAUUGUGGGUUUUGUAUCUGAAAAGAUUUUUGGCAAUAUGGAUCAGUGGAGUAGCUCCUUGGUGGUACUAUUUUAUUUUUUAUUUUUACCAUUAGCCACAUAACUUUUCAGGUAUGACGAGUUUAGCGGCGUAGUGUUCGGGGCUGACUGUUAUUUGCAUAGUUGAAUAAUCUUCUGAUUAUAACUCGUAGGAUAAUGGUUUGCCUGUUUCAUUUCAGGAGAUUUUUAAAAGGCCCAGCAAAGGGCAGGAGGAGCUGUUUUCAUGUGGGUUGCUUUUUCCAGCACAGAGUCCGAAUAUAUAUUUACGCAGCCGGCUUAUGAGACAGAAAAGCAGUUAAUGCCAACAAAUGUUUUCAGCUCAAACCAAGAAAUCAGCUAUGAAACAGUGGCAGGGUCGUUUUCUGGGUUAAUUUAUUGAAUGAUUGCUUCAGCUCUAAUUUUGGGAAGGAGGGCCACCUAUAGCACGGCUUUUCAGGAGCUUUUCACUUUUUCCUGGUGGGAAAUGACGGAUACAGUAUUUAUAAAGCAGCUGAUUUAGCUUUUAGUUGUCAGUAUUCUGAUCAGCGCUAACAGAUGUGGUGGAAAACGCUUCUGGUUCUGGUCGCACUUCCAUUGAGUUCAAUGUUUUUGUAAAUCUAAACUUUGCACCUAAGCUGACUUGUUUUCUGUCUGACUUGUCUGCACGCCGGCUGCAUAUGAGAGACAGGAGUAACGGUCUUUGGGCACGUGGAAAAGUUUAUUCUUCUUUUUCAGUUUUGUUUUGCAGCAGUUGUGUUUUUGUUUUUUUCUCCAAUGUUUGGGUAAAAGUCAGUGAAGUGUGUGAUCCUGCAUCACCGGGCUUCAACGGGAAUCAGAAAUCAAUCCAACGUGAUGGAUCAUAAUUACUGCUUUUGGUUAUUCACCAGUCAGCAACCAACUUAGUUUAAACACAACCAAGACUGUGAGAGGUUUUAUUAAAGCUAAUCUAAGGUCUGUACUAGCACCGCUUUGCCACAAGAUGGCAGCAUGAUACAGUCGUCCUGUUCAGGUGUUCUCACUGCGCUGUUGAUAACUUGGACCUGUCACAUCAUCAGGAGUCACUCCAUCAUGUUUUAGGACCACUUUUGGAUUUUAUUCCUCUUCUCUCCUCUCACUGGAACAUCUUUUAAAAAUCCUGACCCUGCUAUAAAAAAAAAAACAAAACAACUUGGACCACUUGCUCUCAAACGUCAGCACAACUUGAAGCUUUCCUUCAAACUCGAUUAAUUCCUCUCACAUUUUCCCCCGUCAUGUUCUCCCACCGUUCGCUCAGCCUGUCCCUCGGCUGUUUCGGAAUGUGUUUCUGAAUGUUUUCCUUCUCGACAAGCCAACACCAGCACCCAGCAGAGUCUCUCGUAUUCAUUUCUUUGGAUCUGCUGAAAGUGGAAUUUGCUGUUUGUCCCUAAUAAGUAGCAUAUUUUCUGGAAUCCUGGCCUUUUUGUUUUUUUUUUCUCGUUGCAGGGGGAUAUAUAGAAUUUGAUAAAUGAUUGAACAGGUCUGUUUCACAAUUACUCACUCAUGCACCGCUCGCGUUGUGAAACAGCCCCUUGGAUUCUCAUGUAUAUGUGUGCAGGGAGAAAUGUGGAAAUAGUUGCUGAAAUGAGAUACAGUGGAAGAGUUUGUACACCUUUUUUUGUAAAUUCAUCCCUGUGGGGUUUCCUGCAGAUGAUUGGCAGCUCGAGCCAAACAGCUGGCCUGUGCCACGACGGGAUGAUUGCUCACAAAUUGCUGCAAUGUUCUUGUAAAUCAACAGUGAUGUCAUAGCAAAUUAUCUGGUAACUGUUGGCCCUCUUUUUUUUGUUGUUGUUGCUGUUGCACUUUUUAAAACCUUCAGCUUUACCUGCAACUCCUAAUGAGCUGGUACAGUCCUGACUGUUCCCAUUGACUUCAUUUGAUAAUAAAAAACUUUGUCACACGUGUUCAAAAUAAAACUGUAGAUGUUGUCGUAGAUGCAGCCACACAGUAUGACAGCCUUUUUGAGUUUUAAAAAACCUCUAUCAAAUUAGAUUAAAUGUCAUCCCCCGUGGCACCGGGAGUGUGUGCAACCAAUCACAGAGUUCUACGACUGGGAUUUUUCCUCAUAAUGGCAAAACAUUCCAAUCAGUGCUAAUGGUUUGCUUCAUGGUUCCGUUUGAACCAAAGGCAGCUCGGAGCCCGGAGCCCCGCUCGUCCCUUUUGCUUGUGCCAUUAAUGGCUUCAGGACAACAGCCAGCACUUUAAAGUUGAUACAGCAGGGCAGAAAUGUACUUGCAUGUCAGGGAGUGUUUUGGAAACUUCAACUCUUCAAAGACACUGAUCUCACAAAUCACUCACGCCCGACACUGAGUGAUUUGACGGAACACAGCUCGUCAGCAUCGGGUGGACGUUUUGGGAUUUGUUGAGAGGAAUUUUGGAAUUCCUAAGGUGUAGAACUGCUGCUUUAAAGUUUAAAUGCAACUUUAUUGACCACAACGCUGCACACACACAGAUAUCUGAAUAAAAGAAAAUGCCUUUUUUUAAUCACCAAAUCGCUCAGCGUGCUUGAUAAAGUCAUGAAGCUUGAUAAAGAAGUAAGAAUGAGGCUGUAAAACUGUCCCUCAGACGUCUUAAUUGACUUUAAUCGCACAGAGAUGUUUCUGGAGAUGUUUACUCCUCCAAAAAUGUUGGCUGAAAACUUCACCCUUAAUCCAAACAUGCACAGUUUCAUAAUGCUUUAAGUGAGUGAUUCGUCAACAUGAGUCAUAAAUCAUGUUGAUAAGUCUUUCUGCAGAUACCUUUGGAAGUGCACUGCAUGAUGACUGCUUGUUAUUAUUAAGAAAUUAAAUUGAAAUGAGGACAAAACAUACACAGUUUUGGCACCAGAGAGUCUAAAAUAGCCGAUAACUGCUGGAGAUAAUGGUCCGAGUAUUUGUUUUAGUUCCAUAUUUCCAGCGUUGAGGCUAUUUUUUGUUGAUUUAAUUUGAUUGCAUCCUUGAUUUCGAGUCUUCCAGCUGAUUCCUGUUUCUGAUGCUGCUGUUGGCUCAGGAUACUGUAGCAUGAGUCCCAUUAGUGGAUCACAAAAAGGACAGAGCAUUAAUAAAAGUGCAAGAGCCCCUCUUUUUGCAUGACACAGAACGACUCUAGGCACUAAAAAUCAGCCUCUGUUUGUGCUGAAUGAGGACAAAAGCGGGUUGUGUUGUUGAAAAAUGUGAACCAGUGGAAUGUAAGAGUUACUUGUAUGAUGAUCUUUUCAUAGUAAGCUCCUUCUAAUCCUGGGAUCUUUGUGUGAAUGAGCUUUGUGAUAAAAUAAACCUCGCUCAAAGCUGGUAA